AUAUUUUCUCUAUAUAUAAAGAUCACAACAUUUCUAUAUCCAAGCCAUCACAUCUCAAACAUAAACUACUUCACAUACAAAUCAGCAUUUUUUUCAUUUUACACCAAUCUUUAAUCAUCUAAUAACUACAUUUUCAAACAAUAACAUUGCUAAUAAAUUCCACAAUUUGAAAGCGGAAAAAAUAUUAAUUUUUCGACAUAUAUAAAUGGAUCGCGUAGCGAAGUUGGCGUCGCAAAAAGCGGUGGUGAUAUUCAGCAAGAGUUCGUGCUGCAUGUGCCAUGCAAUAAAGAGAUUGUUCUACGAACAAGGAGUUAGCCCUGCAAUUUACGAGCUAGAUGAAGAUUCAAGAGGUAAAGAAAUGGAAUGGGCUCUUUUGAGGAUCGGAGGGAACCCUUCGGUCCCUGCGGUUUUCAUCGGAGGCAAAUUUGUUGGCUCUGCUAAUACUGUCAUGACUCUUCAUCUUAAUGGCUCCUUGAAGAAAUUGCUUAAGGAAGCUGGAGCUUUAUGGCUUUAGCCUGUACCAAUAUGUUUACUUUUUUUCUUUUUCUUAUACAUAUUAAGUAUAUUAGUACUCUUAUGGAAAAUAAUCUAUAGACUCGAUAUAUUUAUAUUGUAGCAAAAAUAUAUACACACUUUUGUUUU